AUGAGUCCGCCGCUGAUGCGGCAGUCAAGCCAGCCGGAGUGGGAUCCCAGGCGCCAGGGUCGGCGCCUCCUGUCCCUGUUCGUGGACGUGCGCGAUGGCGAGGUGGCCCCCCUGGCGCACGCUUUCUGCGCCUUCUUCUGCAUCCUGUUUGCCUACAACCUCCUGCUGCCCCUCCGGGACGAUGCUGGAGUGUCGCUGGGCACCAACUUCCUGCCCACGCUGUUUUUGAUGUCGCUCGGGGCCGCAGUGAUCGCGGCGCCGGUGGCGGCGUCAUUUGUUUCCCGCCCAGGGUUGGCUAAAGAGAGGGCGGUGAGCCAGUUGUACUACGCGGUUGGGUCUUUGCUACUGGUGUUUUAUCUGCUGUACACGGCGGCGUCAAUUGGGGGGAAUGGCGCUGGAUCCACUGGAUCUGCGCCAGGAUUGGAGUCAGGGAGAGAGCAGGUGGUCCAAGGGGAAGGCAUGGCAUUGGGAGACAGUGGGAAGGAUGAUGGGGCUCCAGUUGAUCGAGAAAAUCCUGCAGAUGGGGCUGGGGGAAGCCAGGGAGCUGAGGAUGCUGUGAGAAACGGGGAUGCUCACAUGACCAUGAUGGGCCGCUCCCUCCGGGUGUGCUUGUUCCUGUGGGUGGGGGUGCAGAACCUGGUGGCCCUGUCGACGAUGUGGGCCAGGUGUGCUGACAUAUUCACAAGCGAUGCUGGCGCCCGCCUGUUUGGGUUCAUAGGGGCUGGUGGGACAUUGGGCCAGCUGGCGGGCUCUGCGACUGCUCGCGCAGUUGCUCUCAGGCUUGCCAUGGGUGGUCAGUCUGGGAAUCAAGGCGCAGCUGGGCCCCCACCCUACCAGCUGAUCCUACUCUCUUCGUUCUUUCUCUUUUGCACAGGAUGGCUGGCCAGCCAUCUCAGGGGUGGUCAACCUCAUGGCGGGCACAAAGCUAAAGGCAUCCCACAAGAGGGCAGUGGGGCGAGUGGUCGGAGCUAUGUUAGCAGGCUGUGGGAAGGGUUUGCUCUCAUAGCUGCUUCGCCAUACUUGCUCCACCUGUGCGGCUACCUCGUCCUAAACUACAGCGUGGCAUCUCUGUUCUAUUUUGAAAAGUCACUGAUUGUUGCCAUGAGCGUAAAGGACUCCAAUUCAAGAGCGGCAUGGUUUGCAACGGUCAACAUGUACUCUGGUGCGAUCAUCGCUGUGAUUCAACUGACAGUGACUGGAAGGGUCAUUAAAUAUUUGGGAAUGCCUUGUUCUUUGGCCAUCACUCCAUUCAUUUGCACCCUGGUCCAGCUGCUUGUGUCCUGGAGCCCAAUCCCAGACAUGAUCGCAGGUGCUGAAGUGGGUCGAAAAGUGUUGACAUAUGCCAUUUCAAGGCCCGCGAGAGAGGCACUAUUCACAGUGGUGAGCCAAGAAGAGAGGUACAAGGCCAAAAUCUGCAUAGACACUGUCAUCCAGAGGCUGGGGGAUAGUGCUGGUGCGAUGAUAUUUCAAGUAGUGGAGGGUUUUCUUGCAUUGGGGGCACACAGUGUCGCUUCUUGGGGAUCCCUGGCAUGUGUGGCUUGGUGCAUAUCUGCAUACACUUUGGGGAUGAAGAACCAAACUCUGGCAGCAGCAGCAGCAGCAGCAGCAGGUGGGUGA